AUGCCAUCGUUAUACCCACACAAUCUUGGCUUUAGCCAAAACCCUUCGCCCGUUCCUCAACACCCGCAGGAUGGUCUCAGUCACCCGUUUGAUUAUAAUACCGACAAUUUCAAUGGAAAUUCACAUCUACCGGGAUUAGGGGGCCCGGGCGCAGUUGGUCCAUUACCGCCGCCCCCAUUCGCCUUCAUGGGCCCCUUUGCUUCUACUCAGUUCCCGCCUCCUCCGUUUCCUCCCCUCCAGAUGCCACCACUGAGAUACCCAUCGAUUCCAGUACCUUCGGCGCCCAUCUAUGAUCCUACUCGCCCUGCAGUGGGCGAUUACCAGAUGGACCACUCUGCCCCCACCCCGCCGGUCCCUCAGCUGGCAACCGCUGGGAACUCAGAAUCCGAUCCUGACCGAGAAGAAGGUGAACUAACUGACCGAGAAGCGCCUUCGACAUCACAGCCAAGGCAACGCGGCCCCGGCACUCAAAUCCAUCGAGUUAUCAACGGUGACAGUGGCUCGAUAAGGCGUGGCCAGGCAAUGAAGUCGAAUGGCCGAGGUUCAUAUGGUUCAGAUGUCUCUCACUUGUCAGCGAUGGCUAUAUCCGAAGGUUCAGCGCAAGGAAAUCCGGAUCUGGAGAAAGGCGAGGUUUCACCAGAGUCUCGCCCAUCGUCCAGAAGCAGUGGAUCUCCGUAUAACCCCGCACCUCCCAGCUCUACGGAACCACCUGUAGGCAGUAUCAGACCGGAAGCCCCAGCUCUGUCAAAGCCGCAACACGAAGCCAUCCCCGAGAACGGAACGAACAACGCAGCUUCGUGCGAGUCGCAGUCUUUGCCCAGCGGGGGAAGAUCACCAGCACAGCUUCGCGUACAGGCACAAGGAGCCCUUUUGAGCUUGGCGCCUCACAACAUCCGAUAUGGCGAGUUUGUUGGAGAGGGAAUCAACCCGGUCAUUCUUCGUCAACUCUACGAGGAAGUCGGAAUCAAGAUCACCACCCCGCAGCCGGAGCUUUCGGUGGCCUCCCCGCCUAGUGACAUGUCCGUGGGAUCUGAGCAUUCGACGACUAGUCAGUCUGGAGAACCCGAGCCAGUAAACCGUCCACUCGGUAAUUCGAGUGCGGAUGGAAGCUCAGCACAGCAGUCCACCCCUACAGAGAUCGUUACAGCUGUUUCACCUUCCUUACCAUCGGACACGGCUAAGCCUAUGGAGCGAAAAGAGGUUAUUGCUCGUAUGCUUGCUGCCAAGGCUGCAAAGAACUCCGGCGCGUCCGUGCAGGUUCAGGCGGAAGAGACCAAUGAAGCUAGCGUACCUGACGGUUCAGGUCUGCCAGAUGCUGACAACAUGUCGGUAAUCACCUCGCAAGAUGGUCAAGCCAAGGAAAAGGAGGUCCGUGUCAAAGAGAAGAACAAAGCACAGACUGAACUUGCUAGACAGCGGAUAGAACUGCUCAAGAAGCAAGGUUUGGUGAGGAAUGGACAAAAGCCCCAGUCGGAGUCUGUGCCCCCCGAGAAAGGCCAACCACCCAAUGCCCCUGCUCAGGAUGUGGCUGCGACUUCUACUCCGAUACCGAUUCAACAUCCAUUACCUGAGCGCCCCCCAGAUCCUGAGUCCAAUGCUCCGGCUCGCAUACCUGGGCUUUUCAUGACGGAAGAACCCAAUGAUGAGAAUACUCCUGCUUCAACCACUCAAAGCCUUGCUGAUACGACACCACAAGCUCGUGUCAACCAACGCAAAAGGCCCCGAGCAUCCGAUUUUGACGAACCCGUUCCCAUCCCCAAGAAAUCUUUCAAUAACGGCGUGAAUCAUGCAAUCCCAGACACGCAAAGACUCAUAAUAGAUAUCAGCGAUGAUGAGUUCUAUGGUGAUGAUGAAUCCGACAGCAUGGAUGUGGACAGCCCUGCAGGAAAGGAUUCGCAAGAUGCGGAUAGCUUGCUUCAGACAUUUACAACCUCUGUCGACGCGAUGCCCCUACGUCCGGCAACCGCUUCAAGUCAGGGGUUCUCUACCUCGGCUACCCCGCAGAGCUUGAGGAAUAAUGAUCAGGAACACCAGGAACAUCUUCGAAGGAAAGAUUUGGAAAUUAAAGCCAUGCACAAGCGGAUCGCCGAGCUUGAAGAGCGGAAAAAGGCCAAGCUGGCAGCCAGCCGUACACAGUCGCCUCGGGCUUCAGAUGUGCUGGGACCUUCUCCCCCUGCGAAUAUUGUCCUAGCCGACGAUGUCAGUCAUGCAUCGAGACCCUCCACUGAUGCUGAGGACGGUAACAACCCUACUAGCACUAAAAAUAUACUCUCUGUCAGCGUGGAUAUUGCCCAUAUGGAGAGAAUGAGGGACAAGCUGUUGCGCAAGCAAGAAAUCGAGGUCGGAAUUCCUGCACUCGAGAACGAGAUUCACAAGUCGGAGGCAAGAUUAGCCGAAGUCAAGCAUGAAGAAGACCAGCUGUUAUUGGAGAUCACCAAAGGGAGGGAAGGCCGACAGCAACUCCUGGAUGAACUGAUGAAUAUCAAUCUAGAACUGAACGGGCUGACCUUUGAGGAUGUGGACGCUGCGAUGCAACGCUCACAGACCGAAGAACAACCGUGCGAAGUUGAAGACCCAGUCCUCCAGGAGACAAUUGAGAACGGGGAUAUGACGCCUGAGAAUGCCCAUCCCCCACAAUCUGUUCAAGAAGAGAGAGAAGAAGAAUCGACUCGUGUAUCCGUCCAAGGUGCUCAAGCUGUACUACCAGUUUCCGCCAGUGGGUCGAGUAUUGUGUCCAAUGACAAAUUGAUGCAUGAUGUUAGCGAUUCGUCUGGAGAGGUAUCGAGCUCUGAUUCCACUGGCUCAGCAAUGGAUGAGUCUAGCGAUAGUUCUAGCGAAGAAUCCGACCAAGAUGAGCACCAAGCUCACAAUCCCGUCCCCAAGACGACAGACGAGCCUGCAGAACCUGAGCCCCAGAAAUCAGUGGAGGCAGGGGCAGGCCUUCACCAUAACCUACCCGAGCGCCCGCUGCCUAUGGAUGUGGAGCCUCAGGUUGAGCUGGCCAUCGAUGAACAGGCUACUGAGAACCAGGACCAGGCUUCCCGAGAAUCUUCCGUCUCGGAUGGAUAUGAGCCUCCUGAGCCGGAAGUGACUGCAAGCCCCGCAGAAUCUUCCUAUUCCCCCCCUUUCAGUCCUGCAUCUCCUGGUCCCGUCGAACCAAUCGAGACCUCCACGACGGACAGCAUGAAACAGGCCAAUGAGCCGCUAACGGAAACUGUCCAGGCUUUGGAUACUCAGCAACCAAGUACUUCUACUCAGGUUGGCAUUCUGGAUGUGCGGUGCACCUCGAUCCAACCUAGGAUGUGA